AUGAAACUUUUCGCGCUUUUUGCAGCGGCGAUUGCGCAAAGAGCUGAAAACUUUAGACAAAUCAUCAACAAAAUCCCAGAUACCUACACCCCAGGCGCCAAGACCUCAAGCUUCAGCGGCGCUGGAACCAUCCAAUUCACGACUUCUUCUUUUGAUAAGAAGCAAGAGAAUCUCGUCCUCGUCUGGUCCGAGGAUGGCACUUUUAACUCUCCCUUCAAUAUCAUAGCAAAUGUCAGGCCGGCCGAGCAGGCAUUCGAGCCCUUCGAUUCUGAAUUUUCCGACAAGGUCAACUUCGAAUUUCCUUCCGACACCUCCGUUUCUGUCUCCAUCGAUGUCGACGAGUCGGACUCCCGAUACUUCUACGUCGUUACCUUUAGCGAUCCUUUCGCUGCUUCAGUCACUUCUUAUUCCGACCCUGAUUCACUUCCUUCAACAGUUAUCGGCGAUGACUUUGCGCACCGGGCGAAUUUCUAUCUUGGCGAGCUUCAGGCCGGAUAUUUGGAUGUCAACACGAUGAUUGCUGCUCAGCAAACAUCCAAUGGCGUCCUUGGUGAUAACGGAAUCAAGGUUUCUGAUGACUUAGCGUACAGGCAAGCUACUGAUGAGGAACUGGAGAAGAUUGGCUUUCAGGGACCCGGAAUCGCGAUUGAUAUGCCGAACGAUGACUGGUUUGCUGCUCAUAGAAGCGUCGAAUAUAUCACCUUUUCUACUGACUACUCUACCGCGAAGCUCAUGCGACCGAAAAACAAGGACGACGUCAUUUCCAACACCAAAGCCGUCCUCGAAGGCUGGGAAGUUGAAAUCUCCUGCGGCCCGAUUCCCGACGGUGAUCGAUCAGAAAUGGAAGUCUCCAUCGAAGCCAGAACCGAGUCUGACGAGCACAAUACAUUCCGAGCCCCUGUCAAUGAUCUCACUGAUGGUGAUACUAUCAGCAAGACAGUCAAGGUCGAGUCGUGGCACAAAUCAACAGGAGUUUGGUGCAAGUUCUUCGAAGGCGGAACCCUCAUCGGAUACAGCAACCCACAAACCUUCGCCGUCAAUCCUCCGGAAGAGCUCCCUGAAAUCACCGCCACUUACAAUUCACCAACAUGCGGCUUUGUCGGCGCCGGCGCCGAAGAAGAAAUCGCUACCUGCGCUGCUGCUAAGGCCACUUUCCCUCCCCUUUUCCUUCAAUGGAAAAUUGUCAAGGCCGAUGGUACGGAAGAGCUCGUCCCUGCUGAACCAACUGAAACCUUCAGUCUCAAACUUCCAGUUGUGAUUUCAGAAGACUACAGAGGUGCCUCUGCAUCCUGCCUUGUUUCACAGGGAACUCAGCGAUCUGGCCCCGAAUUCAUCAAGGCCGUGGAACCCACUGGCUCCGGAUUUUCCCUCAAAAAGAAGACAAGCAAGUUGGAUAUGCACGUGAUUGGCCGAGAGGUCACUUGCCAGUCUGAUGUCUUCGGCGAUAAAAAUGUCGCUGAUGAUGAGUGCUCAGAUGUCCAGAGCAUCGAAGUUACUGACACUGUCAACUGUCCCAUGGAGACUUUCUACAAGCGAGCUACCUGCCGAAUCGUCCUUGUUGGCGGAGGAGUUCCACUGGAGAACACUUACGAAAACGACAAAUGCAUAGAGUACGACAUGGUGCCCACGGAUUGCGAAGAGAGUGACUACAAAAAGUGCCCCAAGCCCGAAUCGCCCACUUCCGAACCUCUUCUUGAUGAAGGAAGCUCUGGCCCAUGGUAUCUCCUUUUCUUCCUCUUUGCCGCCAUCGGAGGCGCCCUGCUCGUCUGGCUCAACCGGUCGAGUCCCAACCAAUCAGACUAUGACCCUGUUGACUCGGAAGAGCAAACUUUGGAUGCCUUUGCCGCUGUGAAAAUGGAAUCUGAAGUUCCGCCACCAUCAGCGCCUGAAAAACCGGCAAGGAGCGAGCUAGACAUGACAAAAUCUCAGGAGCCAAAGAAACCCGAUGAAGUCAUCAUUACCGACGACAUACCCUUAAUCGAUGAGCCAAAAGAACCCUCCAAGAAAUCUUCGCGAAAGUCCUCCACCUCCAGUUCUUCCAGCUCUUCAAGUUCGUCGAGCUCUUCUAGCGCCGCCUCCGCCAAGUCAGCAAAGUCAAACAAGUCGAACAAGUCCUCCAAGUCCAAUAAAUCACAAUCUUAG